AUGGAUAAUCUGGAUUAUAGCGAACUCUUAUUAACAUGUACAGAUUACCCUGAAAUUUUUAACAAAUUGUACAGGUUUAAUCCAUGUAAUGAAGCUGAAAUCGCCAAACUUUUCGAAGAUAUUAAAAACAAAAUAAUUGAAACCAAGGUAUAUUCACCAUCACAGAUUCUGACAAUCAUUAUGGAUGCUUCGUUAUAUAAUAGCAGCUACUUAUUGUCAUAUUGGACCCUUUUCAAAAAGCUUGUUGAUGAAUAUCAACCAAACCAAAUCAAAUUCACCUCAGAUGUAUUCUAUUAUAUUUAUUACAAGGAAUAUGGAGUCAUUUUAGACGAAUCUAAGCAAAAACACUUCCCUAUAUACGAACGUCUUAAAGUUUCAUUGAAUUUUCACCAAGAAAACCCAAUUUACAGAGCAAUUGUGAAUGAUGAUAAAGAAUUAUUUGUAUCACUCGCAGAAAUACCAGGAUUUAACCACAAUAAAAGGCUGAAAUCUGAUUUUUAUUUUUACAAUUGUAAAAGAGGCUUAUCACUACUUGAAUUAUGUUGUUAUCAUGGCUCUGUUAAAUGUUUUAAGUUUUUAAAAGAAGAACAUGAUUGUACAAUCACUCCAGAAUGUCCUCAGCUUUCAUUCUUAGGCGGAAAUCCAGACAUCAUGAGUCAAUGCUUGAAAUAUCAAAAACCAAAUAAAGAAUGCAUGAAAUUUGCAAUUAUUUCACAUAGCAUUGAUUUUGUUACAUUCUUGAUGAAUGAAUACAAAAUUGCUAUCGAUGUGAAGCAAUGCAGCGAAUUCAAUAACAUUGAAGCAUCAUUAGUUUAUUUACAUCAAACAAAGAAUGUCUUUGAAUGGCUUCAUUAUUCAACUUAUUACAAAAUUCCAUCACUCUGGGAAUAUCUUUUUGCACAUGGUCUUGAUAUCAAUAUUCAGAAUGGACAAAAAGACACAGCUCUCACAAUGGCUGUCGAACAAAAUAAAAUGGAUGCAGUUGAAGCUCUUAUUAUGCAUGGUGCAAAUGUUGAUGCAGUAAACAAUUGUGGAAGGACUGCACUGAUUUUGGCAGUACAAAAUAAGCGUUUAGAUAUUGCUGAAUUUCUUUUUCAGCAUGGUGCAAAUAUCAAUGCAACUGAUAAAAAAGGAGUAUCCGCUAUUCAUUUAGCAAUCAAGAAUAAUUUCAUAGAUAUAAUAAAACUAUUUAUUUCUAAUGGAGAAGAUAUAAAUGCAUCAGCUCUAAACAAUGCUGUCAUGUUUAAUUCCAAAGAAAUCGUAGAUAUUUUAAUUUUACAUGGAGCAAAUAUUAAUGCAAAGGGUAAAAAUGGAAAAACAGCUAUUCAUAUAGCAGCCAUUUAUGGUAGAAAGGAGUUGGCAGAAUUAUUAUUAUCAAUUGGCGCCGAUAUUAAUGCAAAAGAUAAAAAAGGAAGAAAUGCUCUUCAUCAUGCAAUUGGACAGAAUGAUCUUGAAAGUUUAGAAAAAGAUUUGGAAUCAGAAAAAAUAGAUAUUCAUUCAAAAGACAUAAAUUAUGAUACAUAUGUUGGAUGGUCAACAAAUUUAACCGAUAAUAUGGAUAUAGUUGAACUUUUAAUAUCUCAUGGUAUUGAUAUAAAUUCAAGAGAUAAUGAUGGAGAUACAGCUCUUCAUUUGGCAGCAUUCCUUAAUGUAAAAGAUGUAGUAGAAUUUUUAAUACCAAAAUGUGCAGAUAUUAAUGCAAAGGAUAAUUACGGAAAAACUGCUCUUCAUUGGGCAGCUUUCAAUAAUAACACACAAUUAGUCGAAUUUUUAAUGUCAAAUGGUGCAGAUAUUUAUGUGAAAGAUUAUAACGAGAAAUCUGUCCUUCAUUAUGCAGUAAGUUACGGGCGCUUUGAAGAAGUAGAUUCUCAUGAUAAAGAUUACAAAGAUUUAGUAGAAAUUUUAAUUACUCAUGGCUUGGAUGUCAAUGCAAGAGAUAAUAAAAAUCAAACUCCUCUUCAUUACGCAUCACGCUUAUAUUAUCCAGAAAAAGCUGAAUUUCUUAUUACGCACGGAGCAGAUAUCAAUUCAAAAGACAUUUGUGGAUCGACGGCCCUUCAUUACGCAGCGCAAUCAUUAAGACCUGGAACCGUCAAAAUCCUUGUUUUGCACGGUGCAAAUGUCAAUGAAAAAAAACAAUGA